GACUUUCUCCCAGUAGCGAUAAGAGUGUAGUAGAGAUGUUUGACCCGACCAAGGGUGCGGCCGGCGCGACCACCGCCGAGCGGCCGAAACCGACCCAAACCGACCACCAGGUGGACAGUGCGAUGGAUAAGCAUCUCAAGAACCUCAAUCUCGACAGUCUGAUACAGACGGACAUAGUAGAGUACAUGGAGAAUCUGAAGGAGCAGCACUACGAGCGCGAACAGACCGGGCUGCCGACCACCGGCAGCCUGGCGCCGUCCCAGCCCGGCAGCGUUACGCCGGCCGUCGGCGCCUCCCCACUGCCGACACGGGCACGGUCGCCGGCGACCCCACACGACACUACUCACACCACCGCACACCAGACGCAACCGACCGCGACCGCCUCCCAUCCAACGUCCCCUCCCCAGAUCGCUUACUCCUCCACCACUCCCAAAGCCCAAGCUGAAGAGCCGAACCAGUGCGCGUUGAAAUCGUCCACCGAUUCCAGUGACUCCGCCGUGGCGCCACCGCCCGAGAUGUCGUCCAGUUCCGGUUCGGGCAAGAGCGAUGACAGCUGCUCAGAGCGGGCGGGCGAGAAAGCGCCCGGCAAGGAGCGGCUCAGCUCGUCCGAGGGUGACGGGGGCUCACAGGGCGACCAGCGCUACCACACGCUCAGCGCAUCGUCGGCCAACUCGUCGCCCGACGGUACGCUCAGCCCGAAGCCCGAGAAGACAAAGUCACCGAAGCGCAUGAAGUCGGUCGAGCGUGAGAAGAGCCCGAUUCGCAUCAUCAAGAUCAAGUCGCCGCGGAACAGCAUCGACAUCGAGCGGCACGUGCGCAUCGAGAAGAGCCCCGACCGGGCCCGGCGUGCAUCGAGCCCGAGUGCGGCUGCUGGUGCUGGUGCGACUGCUGCAACCUCCAACAAAAAGCCCCCCGAAGGUGGCAUUCUGAAGAAGAAGCAACCGAACGGAGGCGGUGUCGUGGGAGGCAUUCUGAAGCGCUCCGUGAGCCCCUCCGUCGGGAGCAAACCGUCCGAAAGUUCGGACAGCACGGCGUCCAAAACGGACGCCAAUCUGUCGUCCGACUACGAGCAGUAUCAAACGGCCACGGGCAAUCGGUGCUACCUAUCGCUGUCGAGCGAGUAUCUUGGCGUGGAGAAGGACUACCCACAUAUCUACCAGAAUGCGACGCGCGACGAGAAGGUACGGCGGGCGAAGCGGAGCGCCUCGGUCGGUAGCACCGAGCGGAUGCGCUCGGUCGAAGGGUACGAGUCGUCCUGUGGCUACUCCCCGAACACCAGCUUCGAUGCGUCCUCGGUCGAGGGCAGCAAAAAGCGGUACAGCAUCUCGUCCGAGCGGUCCACCGGGGAGUACCGCAAGCAGGGCUCGUACAGCCGCUCCAGCUCCCCUCUCAACGUGUACAGUCGCGAUGUGUCCCCGAACCGUUGCUACGCGCGUGGUCUUUCCCCGCAAACUUCCCUAACGCGCGGUCUAUCCCUUUCGCCCCAGUCCUCGUUCAAAGGCAUCUCGCCGCAGAGUUCAUUCAGUCGUGGUCCCUCCCCGCAGCGCGGUUACAACAGUCGUGGCCCCUCGCCCCAACGCUCCUCUGGACACGCCAGCCGCGGCGCUUCUCCGAUGCGUGUCGGUGGUGCGUACUACCGCGGUAGUACCUCCCCCCACAGCUACGGUAGAGGUUUAUCCCCGCAGCAAAGCUACAGUAGCCGUGGGCCGUCCCCAACUCGCAACAACUACCCACGAGGGCUAUCCCCACAACGGCGCGGUAGUCGCCACUACUCACCCCCGAAAGAGCACCACUCCUCGCGUGGCCCAGUGUCGCCGCAGCGCUUCUACAGCCGGGUACCGUCGCCCGAGCGGCACUACGAGCGAGCCCGAGGCCCACUGCCCCUACCGAAGAGCCACAGCCGCGGUGCAUCGCCCCAGCGCACGUACCGCCUUACCUCGUCCCGGUCGAUCGACAGCUCCUCGUUUCUGGAUUACGAUCAAAAUCCGAACCUGCACUACGCCCGCAUCGAGCACGAUCGGCGCGCCUACCAGCAGCAGCACCAGCAGCAGCUCCAGCAGCAACACCAGCACCAUCUGCAGCAACAGCAAUACGCUUCCCAGUCGACGCACGCUUCUUGUAUGGAGUGCAUCAUGCAGGACAACAUGAAGCCUCCAUAGCAAAAAGCCCGCGCACGGCAGAGCCGUGCGCGGAAGAAGUCGUCCCGGGCCCGACUAUACCAUCAGGCCAGCUUCGACAAGUCGCCGUCGUUCGAUCACGACGAGAUACACGUUUAAGCUUGCAUUCGUUUUAUUUUACGUUCGAUUUUGCUUUCAAACAAACACACUCCACGAAGAGUAUGAGUCUGCAAGAGUGUAUGAUGACUCUUCCCAAAAUACCAUAUACAUCCAAAGGAAAUAUAGACCCGGAAUACUACAAUGCACAGCAACAGCUGGUUUUCCACCACACAUCCAAGCAUAAUCGUACCCCUUUCCCCCGUCAAAUGGCUUUGUAGCAGUAAAAUCAAAACUAAACUUAAUCAAAAAUAGUAAAUCAAACCGCACGAAUAAGUGAGGAAGAGAAAGAGAACAGUGCAGCAGCGCUCCGGCGCGCCACCUAGCGUCAAAUCAAACAACUACAGAUGGAAAUAGUUAGUGUACGCGCAGUACGCCCAAUAUAAUAUACUCAUCCUACAACCGUGCGGACAAAGGAAGACAGGUGUUGAACAAGGUGCUAAUGUCCGUACGGUGUCAUCAACACGACACCUAGACAGCUUGGUGUGUAAACAACUGAUAAUCAAAGCAGUAGUUCACCCCAAACUGCUGUCGCAACGAAAUCAAAUCAUCCCCUACUUCACCACCACAACAUCGCAAAAGCCCUGCUGGAACUUCACUGGUAUCGGUGUCAUUUCAACGCGCCUAUCACGCUUCAGUGUUUGGGUUCGGUUCACGGUACGGUUUGUUUUGUUUGGGGACACAUCCUGAUCCGAGGACCGGAGCGGAAGCAUCGAGUCAUUCAAAUUUGUUUCAAAAGUGACACUAAUUUCGACACUACCGUACCAGCGCCGUGCAGUUUCAACCUGGGCAGAGGUUUGACCCUUUCCCAGGGUUGUGUGUACCAGUCACGGUUAGGGUUGCGAAGCUAGAUCUCCCCCGUCGAUUGGGUUAAAUAUUCAAAUUUGCAACAAGUAAACCAGCGCCGCGCGUACUAGCGUGACGGUGGACAAUCUGGUUUUGCCUCCUUCCUACCUCCAUCCCUCGCCCUAAACUAACGUCUCAGGCACCGGGCACAACAGCGAACGAUUCACGGUACACGCCCAAGCCCCGUCCUGCACUGUGCAGGACCUCAUCUCCCCUCCUACGGAGCGGGUAAUAUGGUUGCGAAAUUAAAUUACCGGCAAAACCGCACAGUUUGCCCUUCAGCCAGAGCUGCUUGCUUCCGAAGCGUGGAUGGUGGUGGUGACGUGAGAAAAUUGAAUGACCACGGAAACGAAACUUUGCAACCCGCUCCCAUCCCCACCCCGUGACUGGCUCAGGAAUUCAAUUACGAAACUGCAACGCAAACCGCAGUCGCCCCAAUCGACCGACGUGUCAACGUGGAUUGGCUCUUGGCUUCUGCUCGCCUCGGUGUGGUCCCAUUCAUUUCCCUGCCCUAGCUAACCCCUUUCUUGUGCCAGGUCCACAAACUCCCGGGACGACCCUCACAACACUUAACUGUUCGGUUCGAGAUGAACCAGUAGGGAGGUUCCUAAUGUGUUCCCAUAUAUACCGUACCAAACAAACACACACACACACACAAGGACGCAUAGGUGAAGGUAGUAGCAUUGCUGCAGGUUACAAAUCAAACAGCUAUACGUAUACCCCGUACAACAAAAAUAUUCAAACAAUAUCUCUAUACAUAUAUUACACACUAUAUAAUCGCAACAACAACAGCCAAACAACAACCAAAAUAAAUACAAUGGCGCAGCCCGUGUUAAUCAAACAAGAAAAGCAAAACAGCAACCGAAUAUACUAAUAAUAAUCCAGUACUACACAGCUACAUACACAGCACCCAUAUAUACACAUAUAAAGCAAUUAUACACCAAACAUCCUUACCGUAGCGGGACAGUUCCCUAACUUUCUACUGAGAUGGAUUAGAGCAAUAGUGGUGUGGUACCCGUACCCCGUAUCGCGUGUCUGUUAGAGCCAAACUGUUAGCCAAAAACAAAAACAAUAUUCGUACUAAUAUAUACAUAUAUACAUACCAUAUAUACCAAAGUAACAAUUGUAAUACAGGUGAGUUUAUACAACAAACAACAGAUAGUCAAAGCGACGACGCGUACGCGACGCAACUAUAGCCCCCCCCCCCCCUCCAACUAGCAUGUUAACGUAGCGAAGCGAAACUCGUAGCCCUUCGAGCAGAUAGAACUACCAACUGCAAGAAAAAACCUACAACAAUAAUACUAGUAAGUGCAGUUGUGUUGCACCAGAAGCAAAUAGAGCAAAUACAGCCCUUCCCCGUUUUCAACGACGAACCGUUCGAGUAAGCGAAAGGGAAUUGAAUUGCACACGCCACACGCAAGUUACCUCUCGUUUUGCUGAAGCGAGCUGAGGUGAGAUGACAAUUCAGCUACUACCUACUACCACUUUUCAGUUCCACACACAUACACACACAAG